AUGGAAAACCAAACCACUGUGGUCGAAUUCAUUUUAUUGGGCUUCCCCAGCAUCCAGAAGGCGAGCAUUCUAGUGUUUCUGGGUGUCCUGGCAAUCUACAUCUUGACUGUCACUGGAAACAUCGUCAUUGUUGCCACUGUGGCUCAUGUCCCUACACUCCACAAGCCAAUGUACUUCUUCCUCGUCAAUCUCUCCUUCUUGGGGAUCAUCUACGUGUCCACUACGAUCCCCAAACUUUUAGUCAACUUGCUCACAGUCAAGAAAUCAAUCAGCCUAGCUGGCUGCAAAGUUCAAGCCUUCUCCCACUUUUUCUUGGGGGCCACAGAAUUCUUCCUCCUUACAGCUAUGGCAUAUGAUCGCUACCUGGCGAUAUGCCACCCUCUUCAUUACCAUGGUAUCAUGAAUGGCAGAGUUUGCGUUCAGCUGGCUGGUGGCUCCUGGCUUGGUGGCUUGAUGACUGUUUUGGUGCAGACAAUUCUGGUGUUCCAGCUGCCUUUCUGUGGUCCCAAUAUUAUCAACCACUUCUACUGUGAUGUUGGGCCAUUGCUAAAACUGGCUUGCGUAGACACAUACCCCAUUGAGUGGACAGUCUUCAUUGUUGCCACUGUUGUGGUAUUCAGUAAUUCCCUGCUGACCGUGGUCUCCUACAUCUUCAUCAUCUCCACUGUGAUGAGAAUCCCAUCGUCCUCUGGGAGGCAGAAGGCUUUCUCUACCUGCAUUGCACAUUUGGUGGUGGUCAUCAUGCUGUAUGGGGCAAUCAUUUUCAUUUAUGUCCGGCCCACAGGUCACGCCUCACUGAAUAUGAACAAAUUGGUGUCCCUAUUGAACACACUCGUCACACCACUGCUGAACCCUUUUAUAUAUACACUCAGAAACCAGGAAGUGAAAGAUGCCCUGAAAAAGGGAUUCACCAGGAAUAAGAUGGUUCAACAAGUGGUAAAUAAAACAAAGGCAAGAGGAAAAUAA